CCAAUCCGUCAUGACGUCAGCUGAAGUGGAUUUGUUUAUUAUUGUGAACCGAACUGUCAGGUUUUGUUUGUAACUAACUGAUUUUACUUUAUUGUAAUCAAAGUUUUUCUAUGAAUUUGAAACCCUCGCAGAUAUCUAUGAGUAGAUAAUCAGUUCUAGAACUAUGGGCAGACAGAUGUUUUUAUAUAUCUUGCUUUUUACGCAAGUUAUUCUAGUCUAUGGAACAAUACACAAAAAUCUCAGAUACUUCCAAAUUAUCCACGCAGAUGACUUGAGUCACAAAAUUAUUAAACGUGGUAUACAACAAAGCAAUCAUCCAUUUAACAAAAUCAGAGAAAUUCGACUCAAUACUCAUGGAAGAGAUUUUCGAUUAAUACUUUCCCCGAAACGAAGUAUUUUACAUUCUAAGUUUAAGGCUUACUCAGUAAAUGGGGAUGGACAGGAGACCCAUGUGCCUAUUGAUCAUGGCAGUUUUAUGGAAGGAAGAGUAUUUGGAGAGACAGAUUCUCAUGUAAAUAUGCAUGUAGAAGACGGGGUAAUGACAGGAAACAUUCACAUGCCUGAUGAUAUAUACCACAUUGAGCCUUCUUGGCGCCAUAUUCCAGGCCAUGAUAAUAGAACAAUGAUUACGUACAAACAAUCAGAUAUAAAGUUUAGUUGGGACGCUGAGAAUUUGCCGGCUGAUUACCCCACUCCACGCACCUGUGCUUAUAUUAAGGAAGGUUCUGAAAUGGAGGAAAAUGAAACUGCACACCAUAUCGAGAAAAGGCAGUUGGAUCAAUAUGACCAAUAUAGAUUUACCAAGACUCGCUGUCCUUUGCUUUUGGUGGCUGAUUAUAGGUUCUUUCAGGAAAUGGGCGCUAGCAACACAAAAACCACUAUAAAUUAUCUGAUAAGCCUCAUUGAUAGGGUUCAUAAAAUAUACAAUGAUACAAUAUGGCAAGAUCGGCAGGAAGUAGAUGGCUUCAAAGGAAUGGGAUUUGUAAUUAAAAAAAUAGUUGUUCAUAGCGAACCGUCUAAAACUAAAUCUCAGGAGGCUCACUAUAAUAUGAUACGUGACAAAUGGGACGUUAGGAACCUUUUAGAGGAGUUUUCUAGAUCACGACAAGAGGAACAGUACUGCUUAGCGCACCUAUUUACACACCAAACAUUUAAAACUAGAAAUUCUGUAGUAUUAGGACUCGCUUAUAUAGCCUCACCAAGACAAAAUUCACAAGGAGGCAUUUGUAGCAAUGAAUAUUUCAAAAAUGGAUAUACUCUUUAUCUUAAUUCCGGAUUGAGCUCAAGUAGGAAUCACUAUGGUCAAAGAGUGAUUACUCGUGAAGCUGAUUUAGUUACAGCUCAUGAGUUUGGCCAUAACUGGGGAUCGGAACAUGAUCCGGACAUUCCAGAGUGUUCUCCCAGCGCUAGUCAAGGGGGUUCUUAUUUAAUGUACACGUACAGUGUUAGUGGGUAUGAUGUCAAUAACAAAAGGUUUUCCCCAUGUAGUUUGAGAUCUAUAAGAAAAGUUCUUCAAGCUAAAUCAGAAAAGUGCUUCUCUGAACCCGAGGAGAGUUUCUGUGGCAAUUUAAGAGUUGAGGGUGAUGAGGAAUGUGAUGCAGGUCUUUUAGGAACUGAAGAUAAUGACGCAUGUUGCGACAAAGAUUGUAAAUUGCGCAUCAAAGCUAUGUGCAGCGAUAAGAACUCUCCCUGUUGCCAAAAUUGUCAAUACAUGCGGAGUGGAGUUAAAUGUCGUGAAGCUCAAUACGCUACUUGCGAAAAAGAAUCUACAUGUACCGGGCAUUCAUCUGAAUGUCCGAAAAGUCCACCAAUGUCGGAUGGUACAGAUUGUCAAGAGCGAGGGAAGUGUAAAGGUGGUAAAUGCAUUCCCUUUUGCGAAACCCAAGGCAUGCAAAGCUGCAUGUGUGACAUCAUUGAGAACGCUUGCAAAAGAUGUUGCAGAUCGAGUAUCAACGAAACUUGCUCUCCAGUGGAUUCCGCUGAUAUUUUAGCGGAUGGAACUCCUUGCAUUCAAGGAUUUUGCAAUAGUGGAAAUUGCGAAAAAACAGUGCAGGAUGUUGUAGAACGCUUCUGGGAUAUCAUUGAAGAUAUCAACAUCAAUAAAGUAAUGCUCUUUCUACGAGACAAUAUUGUUGGUACUGUUGUGUUAAUAACAGCAGUUCUUUGGAUACCAGCUAGCUGUAUAAUUAGCUUCGUAGACAAAAAGAGGCGGAAGGAAGAACUAAAGCGAGCAGAAUGGAGAAGUAAAAAAGAUUUGAUACAUGGUUCAGAAAAAGUACGAAAAAUAGUGAACCUCAGAGUGCCUAACAAAAGAGAUGUUCAACUUGUCGACCAUCAGUCCCCAGCAAGGUCUGCUGAAUAGUCAUUGCAACUUUAUGUGAUAUUUAGUUUGUUACCCUUUAGUGAUUUAAGACAGUAUUUUUUAUGUUUUAUUAAGUGAAAGUAUAAGUAUUGUUUUGUUUUGUAAAUAUUACAAGCAAUAAAACCAGUAUUGACAUAUUGAA